CAGGCAAUUCUAGGGAACGGCAACAUCUGAUUGGCUGUCGUUAGCGUUCUUGCACACACGUUCUGGCCGACGCGCUGGGUGUGUAGCGCUCUCGCAGUUUUGAUGUGUUUGGGAGAAGCAGCAAGUCACGUGUAAACGGUUCCUGUCCAAGAUGGCGACGUCCUUGAGUGAAGGCAUGAACUAAGCGCUGUACGCAUUAUGUGGGGUGCUGUGGCCGGGGCUCUCCGAGCCGGUUCUGUCCGGGUCCUGGGUCAGCAACAGAGGCCUGUUAUUAACACUCUUUUAAAGAAGAGAUCACUUCAGUUGGUCAAUGUUUGUGUUACACGUUUUAAUGGGAAGGACUCUGCGAUCGGGCAGUUGCUAGGUGUGAACCCAGAGCAAACUCCCAAUGAACAUUUGAUCCAAAAAUAUACAGUGCCUGUACCAUUUGAUAAAGGUGAAAAUGACAGCUUGUUACUGCAUAAACCGGACCAACCAGAGAACCCAAAGGUCUUGAGAGUUGUGAUUUUAGGAGCUCCAAAUGCAGGAAAAUCUACUUUAUCCAACAAACUACUGGGUAGAAAGGUUUUUCCUGUAUCCAAGAAAGUGCACACCACACGUUGCCAAGGUCAGGGUGUUUUAACAGAUGGAGAAACACAAUUGAUUCUCUUGGAUACUCCUGGUAUGGUCAACAACACGAAAGUUAAAAGACAUCAUUUGGAGAAGUCUCUACAGAAAGACCCUUGGGACUGCAUGAAAUUGGCUGACGUAGUGUUGAUUUUAGUGGACGCUUCAGAUAUGUGGACAAGGCAUUCUCUCCAUACAGAAGUGUUGAAGUGCCUGUUUCAAUAUCCUACGAUCCCCAGCAUACUGGUAAUGAACAAGGUAGACCUGGUGAAACAGAAAGGCAUUUUGCUUGAAAUUACAAAACAACUGACUGAAGGGAUUGUAAAUAACAAAAAGGCAGUGAUAAAACCUCUGGUAAAACCUUUGCCAGGCCAUGGUGAUAACACAGGCCACACGUCUCAGGGACAAGACACUUCCCCGUUUGAGAUUGAAGAGCCAGGAGUGACUGUGAAUGAGCCAGUAUCUGUUAAAUUAUCCCCAGAUGUGGAUGAAUUUGCUGAUGAAGAAUCUGAUGCGGCAAGAAGAAAGAUAAUUAAUGAACUGAAGAAAAGGAAAGGCUGGCCUCAUUUCAGAGACGUUUUCAUGCUAUCCGCUAUUAAUGGGGAAGAAGUGGAGACACUGAAGAAAUAUCUGCUGACUCUUGCCAAGCCUGGGGAAUGGGAAUAUCACAGUGAUGUUGUUACCACUCAAUCACCCCAGGAAAUCUGUAACAACAUAAUCCGAGAGAAGUUACUGGAGUAUCUUCCCCAGGAGGUCCCCUAUAACGUGACCCAGGUCACAGACUUAUGGGAGGAAGGUUCUUGUGGGGAAUUGGUCAUUAUGCAGACAUUACUUGUACAAAAAGAAAACCAUGUGAAAAUCCUUAUUGGACGUGGCGGACAGCUGGUUAGCAAAAUUGCUCAAGAAGCUGGGAAAGAUCUAAUGGAUUUAUUCCUUUGUGAUGUUCGCUUGCGGCUUUCAGUCAAGUUUAAAAAGUGAUAUUUUAAUGCA